AUGAAGGCAGCUUUGGUGUGCGCGCUCCUUUUCAAGUCCCGCGCGGAGCCGCUCCUGGAGGACGAUGAGUGCGCCUCAAGGUCCUGCGCACUGAACGCCCUCCAGAAGAAGGUGGCGAAGAUGACCUGCAAGGACGUGGUCCCGGGCGAUGCCUGCUAUGGGGAGGUGAUGUGGGCCAAGAAGGAAGGCAUCAGGCAGCACCCGAACUGGUAUCCUGGACUCACGCCUGACUCCACGACGGCAGACUUCCAGGAGAUUGUGCACAGCCACAAGCCGGGGAAGUGCCCCCCUCCUUGCGUCUCAGUCGACUCCUGCCACACCGCGCUGCCUGGGGAGAAGUGCUACAGUGACGUGCAGUGGGCCAAGCAGCACGGCAUCCGAGAGCACCCGGGCUGGUACCACGGCCUCUCGGCAGCCUCCACCGACUUCGACUUCCAGCUGGAAAUCCACACCACGCGCCCGGACAAGUGCCCCAUGCCCUGCAACACCCAGCCGGGCGCCCCGGCGGAGCCGGAGGUGCCAGAGGUGGCGCCGGAGCCAGAGCUUCCGGCGCCGGUGCCGGAGCCGGAGCUGCCGGAGGAGGUACCAGAGGUGCCAGAGGAGCCAGAGGAAGUCGUGGAGGUGCCGAUGCCCACGGUGAUCCCAGAGACUCAGGCGCCCACUCAGGCGCCCACUGAGGCCCCGCAGACUGAGACCGAGGCGCCCCGCGCGCCCUCCCCAUGCCAUCAGCAGGAUCAGCACGAGCGUGAGGCCUGCGAGCAGGGGAUCAUCCGCGCGGAGCAGCUGGCGCGGGAGCAGGCGGAGCGCGCGGAGCAGGAGGCGCAGCGGCAGCACGACGCCAGCAUCCCCCUGGACGUGAAGCAGAACGAGAUCAUUGAGGAGAUCGGCGGGCCCCCGACGGAAGGCGGCCUGCCCGACUUCUCGGAGUUUGAUCCCGAUUCCUGA